GCUCUCUCUCACGUCGUCGUGUUCCUCAGUCUCUAAUGUGGGUGGGCGUGUGCAUGAGACAGUGAGCGAGCGAGCGCAUCGGAAGACAAGACAAGACAAGACAAGAGAGGAGAGGAGAAUUACGACUCCAGAAGUAUUCUGCGCCGUUACGGCAUGGGGACGCAAGCCUCUAGUGCCGAUGGGAUUGUGGCUGAGGAUCCCAAGAUGGCCUACACCCAGAAAGUUCUGGAGGAGAAGGAGCAGAUGCUGAGAAAGUAUAUCCAAGACAAUUACUCAAAAAUCCAGAACGUGGAAAAAGAGCUAGCUUCAUUGGCAUUGGAAGUGAAGCUCACAGCGGGACCCAAGAAAGCAGGCACUCCCCUGAACCCUCCAGCUCGCAUUUAGCGCAGCAAGUUGGCAAAUGAGCGAAUGUGUGACGACUCUUCGAAUCACGCGUAUUUGCUUUCAAGCUCUGGAGCAUCUUCGGAAAUUAAUCGAAGCAUCCACCGAAAAGAUCAAGGCUGCCAGAGCUAAGGAAGAGCAAGCAAGGAAGGUGUGGGAAGCUGCUAUGAAGGCAGUUGAGGUAGAAGAGCUGAACAAGCAGAGGCUGUGUAACGAUCUCAAGUGUUUGGUACAACAAAGUGCCGAAGCUCAGUACUCCCGUCUGGAGGAGCUGACUAGCAGGCUAGAAGCUCUGAAUCCUGCUUUGCAGGGUGGGGCGUCCCAGGUUCUCACAGCAGGGCUUAGAUCAAUGCCCGCCCAUGACAGUGCUGCACAGCAACAGAGCUGCAAGAACACUUCAGGCAGUGUCGAUGGAGGAAACUCCGCAGUUGUGGAUGGCGACAACCUCCCAAAGGAAGCAACAACCACUGCGUCCAUCAAUCUACAGAAGUCAGGAACAGGCGCACCUGGCUCUUCCAUAGCAACCUCGCCUGACCCAGGAGGCCAUGUAACUGCUGGGGCGGACAAGGCGAAUCAUCAAGUGCAAGCACGGCCUGCAGGUCGAGGUCUACAUGUGGGAGUUCCCAGAGGGCGAGGGCGGGGUGUUGGCAGACCCAAGGGCCCUUUGCAGUUAGGGAGAUCUAAAUCGGAUGAGAACGGAGGGUGGACAGGAGCUGGAUUUGAGGUUGAUGAUGGUCCAUCUUGAUCUGGUACCAAGGCUCGCGUUCCGUGGCAUCGUGAUCAGUUUCUGAGAGCUUCGCGCGCUUUGUGGAUACGGUUGAAAUCGGAACACGAGUGGAAAGACAUGUUAGGAAAUUGUAGUUGUGGUAGGGUUUCACUUAGAUUCGGCCGAAUAGCCCUGUCCAGUAUGUUAGAGGUUAGCACAUGGAGAAACUAUUCUUUGGGAGCAUCAUCUCCUUGGGACGAAAUUGUCCAAAUGAAAGGGUUUGGCAGGUCCGCGUGGCUGUGAAAUAUUGUCCUGCUCAUGUCCA